AAAGAACGGUGUUAGCUUACCGGUGGUAGAAGUCCGAGUGCCGAGGAUCCCAUUCCCAUCCAAAAAUCUGAUAGCUAUCUGUGGCCGAGGAGGGAUGUCGCUGUAGCUGGAGGAGGAUGGGCGGCUGCUUCAGUACUGGUGCCUACAGGCAAGAGUCUCUCUCCAAGGCGAAGGUGGCAGGCUCCACCACCGCUCCUCGCUGCCCAGCGGGGGCGAGAGAUCCACCGCUGGCGGAGCCCGAUCUGGAGGAGACGGUGAAAGAGGUCCUCUCCGAGACGCCAAGACCGCCGCCACCAACCACGAGAUCAGCGGCAGAUCAGGCGGCUAGGCCGAAGGAGGUCGAGAUCAUCGACAAGGCUCCCCUCCUAGUCGACAGCACCAAUGGCUGCGACACCAGAUCCGAGGACGCCUCCGAAGCCUGGAGCGUCAGCGCGAAGAGCGAGACCCAUUCGGCCUCCACCGCCCCGGCGGGGAAGCCACGAAGAGAUGCGGCGGAGGCCAGAAGGGGGGCAGCGAGGGAGGAACGGUCGCCGGCCAAGUACCAGAGGAAGCGCUCCGACUCCGGUGAGUUGGCCUGCAGGCGGGAUCGGAGCGUGGCGGCCGGGAGAUCCUCCCCAUCGCCGACGCCGAAAAGAUCGGACCACGCGGCCGCCGGAAGGACGGUGGAGAGAUCGGGCAAGCGGUCGGUGUCCCCGGAAGCGAAUCGAGCGGCGCAGGAGCUGCGGCAGAACGCGGGACGACGCAGAGCGUCGGCAGCAGCGGCAGCCAGGGCAAGCGGACCGAGGGAGCAGAUGCCGGCGGAUGAGGGAGGAAGGAGAUUGUGCAUGCAGGAUGUGGGGACGGUGGACGGCGGCGUGGCCGGAUCCGAAGCGGAGGCGAAGGACUCGCUGCAGAACCCCCUCGUCUCCCUAGAGUGUUUCAUCUUCCUGUAAUGUUAUCUU